UCUCAGGGGAUGAUGUACCUGGAGGAGAGGAGGUUGGUCCACAGAGACCUGGCUGCCCGGAACGUGCUGGUCAAGUCCCCCAACCACAUCAAGAUCACUGACUUUGGCCUGCGUCGACCUGUUCCCCUUGCCCCCCUGCUGGACGCAGACGAGAAGGAGUACAACGCAGACGGGGGAAAGAUGCCCAUCAAGUGGAUGGCGCUGGAGUGCAUCCACUACAGGAAGUUCACCCACCAGAGUGAUGUGUGGAGCUACGGUGUGACUAUCUGGGAGCUGAUGACGUUCGGAGGGAAGCCGUACGACGGCAUCCCCACGCGGGAGAUCCCCGACAUCCUGGAGAAGGGCGAGCGUCUCCCCCAGCCCCCCAUCUGCACCAUCGACGUGUACAUGGUCAUGGUCAAAUGCUGGAUGAUUGACGCAGACAGCAGACCAAAGUUUAAGGAGCUGGCUGCUGAGUUCUGCAGGAUGGCCCGGGACCCCCAGCGCUACCUCGUCAUCCAGGGGGAUGACCGCAUGAAGCUUCCCAGCCCCAACGACAGUAAGUUCUUCCAGAGCCUUCUGGAGGAAGAGGAUCUGGAGGACUUCAUGGAUGCUGAGGAGUACCUCGUCCCCCGUGCCUUCAACAUGCCCCCUCCCUCCUACUCCACCCGGCCCCGAGUCGACUCCAACAGGAACCAGUUUGGCUACCGGGACAGGGGUCCAGCCCCUGAUGAGGGCUCAGCAGCGGGGGCCCCCCCUGGCUGCAUGUCCCAGGAGGUCCUCCCUGGCUCUCAGGGGCCGGCCCCAGAGGACCAGCGCUGCAACGGGACCCUCCAUAAGAGCAAGAGCCUGGGCCGGGCUGGAGACGACACCAGCGGGCAGCGCUACAGCGCCGACCCCACCGGCUUCCUGGGCGAGCGGGGGUCGAGAGGGGACACGGACGAGGACGGCUACAUGACCCCCAUGAAGGACAAGGCUUCCUCAGAGUACCUGAAUCCGAUAGAGGAAAAUCCGUUUGUGUCACGGCGCAAAAAUGGCGAGGUUCACGCCCUGGACAACCCAGGCUACCACAGCACCCCCAACAGCCAGCCCAAGGGGGAAGACGAGUACAUCAACGAGCCCCUGUACCUCAACACCUUCCACAGCCCUGCAGACCAGGGUCUGGAGGUCCUGAGAAAGAACGGCCUGCCCCUCCCUUCACACUCCUUAGCUCCCGCCACUGCCACUGCCACCCACCUCCCCCUCACCAUCCAAACCAGCCUCCCUCACUACCCCCUGCCCUCCGCCCAGCCCUCCCCCUCAGGCCUGUCCUGCCACCACCCCCCUGCUCACACACUCCAUGCGCACCACAGUGUCAAACUUGGCAACCCGACUCAGCCUGGAACAGCCAGCCAGAGUGCCCCACACCCGGGGAGCCAGGGCCACCAGGCCCAGCCAGGCUCCACUGCACAGGCCUGCCACCCUGCCAAGCAGGGCCCCGCUUCCACAUCGGCCCCUGCGGGCCACAACAGUGUCCCAGCCUACCAUGGGCUCACCACCCACCCAGGCAGCAUGCUCAAGCACGGCGCCGCCCAGACAAGUGGCAAAGCGGCCGGCAAGAAGCUGAAGGUGACCUUUGACAAUCCUGAGUACUGGCAGCACAGUUUGCCCCCCAAGCCGUCCAGCCAGCAGAGCACGGAACCUGCCGGCGCUCAGGCGGCCAACGCCAAGCUCUUCUACAAACAAAACGGCCGCAUCCGCCCGGCAGUGGCCGAGAACCCCGAGUACCUGUCUGAGUUCUCCCUCAAACCUGGCACUGUUUUACCCCCUCCACCAUACCGCCAGCGGAACACUGUGGUAUAGAACCCAACGUUCCCCUCAACAUUUCCCAGACCAGACAGGCUCCUCACCAACUCCUCCCAUCGCCCUCUCCGGACCGUCUCAGCCCCUCCGAGAGAGGAUCGUCCAUUCCUCUAACAGCCAAGUGAGCCCCCCCCCCUUCCCCCACCCACAUCCCAUCUCCCACCUGGGACGUCAACCUCACCUGGGGGGAGGGUCUUGGUGUCCUGGCCCAGCCCCCUUUACGCUCUGCUCCGUAGCUCCAGUCUCUGUCCUGGACCUGGUACAAUACAGACUGCAGAUAGAGACCAGUGCUAGCCACGCUGGCGGCUAAGAGUGUAUAGAAGGUGAACUCACUGUGGUGGGAUGUGCAGCAGCUAUAAGAGGAGCCAGACAAUGUGGACGUCUGAAGGAGCAGGCCGUACACAUCUCAGCUGGCACAGAUGUGGUCUCCGGACAAUACGAUGGAACCACACUGGAAGGGAACAUGGGUGAAAUGGAGGCUGACGACUGUAUCUACAAACAAACACUCAAACACACAAUCACAGUUUAGGCUGUAGUUAAUCACAUGACUGUUGGAACCAAUGAGGUACGGAGAUAUGAACGUCAUUCACAUUGAAAAAACUUGUGUGAAUUGUUGUAGAAAAUCAUGACUUCAGUAUCACUCAUGUCAUGUUUAAAAGCAACUUAAAUGGCGGUGACCAAGCCUCAAAAAAAGCUUCUUUAAUUCCCACAAGUAGUGAAGUGAAUGUUCACAAGCCACUACAUGUCAUUCUAAACCUGUGCCAACCAAGUAGGGCGACUACUCUUGUAUUCUAUCCUUCUUUACUUAGCUUACUUGAUUUAUGCUGACUUGAAAACUCUUACUGAAAGAGAAAUGUCUCUAUUCAUGUAUAGAGGCUAUCACACUGGAACAAAAACACUGGCACUUCAGUCAGAAGAUGUUAUACUCGUAGCGCGGAUCCAGCAGCACAUUGACAGGAAGUCAACAGGAAGUAAUGCAGAUUGUGACCUUACAUGGAAACUUGCAUUAGUGAGGACAGUUUGCCAGGCAAAAGGGAGGAUAAUUAGGAGUUCUGCAGCAGGAUUAUAUGGAGUCUGUGACUGCUCCACAUGAUGGCCUGGAUUAUGACCAGACCAAGCGGCGGGAUGGAGGAAGGAUAAAGAGAGAAAGAGCGAGGGAAAGGAGGAGGAGGGAGGGCAGACGAACAGGAGGUGCGGUGGAGGUGAAGUGUCCUAACGAAGACCUGGAGGAAUGCACCAGACAGCACCAGCAGACCACAGGCAGAGAAAGAGAGAGAGAGAGGGAGAGAGGGAGGGAGGUAGAGACAGAGCAGGAGAGGACAGCUGCUCCACAGGGGCAGCCAGAGAGCAGCAGAGGUGGAAGCUGGAGUAAAUGCAGAGCUCCUGCGAGGCCAGUUGGCCAUGGAUGCGGUCCUGAACUCCAUGAGGCUGUGCUGUCAUGUCAGGGGGGCUCCUUACUCCUCUCUCCCAACUCACCUCUGCAGCUAGAGGAUUCACCACUUCUCAGAGAACACUCCAAACGAUCGCGAUCUGUUAGAAGGGAGUUCUUUUCUCCAAAACAGACACAGGCGAUGACGGAACGCGUAGAAAUGCCGGUUAUUGAUAGCAGUUUCAAAAAAAUUAUAAAUGAGCAGUGAUGCGUCUGUCAAUAAGAGAACAGUUGCCUCCAUUUAGAUCUAGGCACAUGCACGUUGGAAUGUGUACCUCUGGCUGUGCCUGCCUGUGUGUACUAACAGUGCUGACAGUUUAUUGCUGCUAAAGAAGAAGGCUCUUGGGGAGAACAUACUCUUUUGAGGGGCUGGAUGGUUUUUACAGCACUGAUUGUUGCUUUCAUAUGGAGUACAUUUGUUUGUUGACCAUUUUUCUUCCUCAGAGUUGAUCCCAGGUGAGCAUGGUAGGGGAAGCCAUCUAUUCAUCAAACUUGCGGGCGCAGGCUGACUCACGUCUGUCAUUGAUUUUGUGUGAGCUGCCAGUAUUUGUUUGUUUUACCCCAUGGAGGGCACUAUGAUCAAAGUAGUGGGUCAGAAAAACAAUUCUGCUUCUUUUUUUUCUUAUUUUCAACAAAAAUCACCACAAUGUGACUAUUUUGGAUUAUAUGUGGUCGAUUCCAACAAGAUUGAGAUGUAGAAAGAAUAUCAGGAAUUGGAUAUUACCAUUACUGAGGUAAACAAGGCAAAGGGUGAAGGCUACAUUGACUGAGUCAUCUCAUUUGUGUGAGUUUGUGGCUCCGAGCUCUAUGUUUUUGCCUUUUCGAUAAUGACAGGAUUAUCAUGUGAGGAUGCAUUGCUUUUUCCUAGUUCAUAGAACUGGAGACCACAGCUUCUUCCAGUGCCAUAUAUUAACCCAGUUUCUGAGUUUGUUUAUAGAUGGACGGAAAAGAAAGAUCCUCAAUGCAGAUUGUAGAAGGCUUAAGGACAGAUGAAGACCGUCAGGGUUCUAGAACAGUGAGAGUCUUGGUCCACACAUUGUGGCUGCCAUUCAGGUUCAAAAGAGCAGCAUUGACAAUUCAGUACAAUUAACUCACUUACUUUGAGCACACUGUGGUUAGUUUUGAGUUCCAGGGCCUAGGCAAGGUCAGGGCCCAGUUUUGUGCAGGGCUCAAAUUCUGAGGUAAAUGCUGUAGCUGUUUUGUAAAGCAACUAAAUUCCCGACCGCAGCAACAGUUUAUCAAUCCAACCACUUCAACAGUUUGGAGUACCACACACAUUGUUCACUGUACUUGAAGUACUAUGAAACCAUCAUGCAUGAUACCUCAAGUGUGUCCUUGUUCAAAACCAUUUAUAAGCAAUUUGUUGAAACUGUUUUAUGUUCUGAGCAAGGGAAAAGCAAGGGGGGAAAGGGGUAAACAUAGAAACAAGGAAUUCAAAUCAGUAGCACAAGCUGUAAUGGCCAAGUAAUGAAGGGGGAACUGGUAAGGUAGAACUCCAAACAAAAUAUUUAGUCACUGACACUUUCCUGUCAGCAGAAGAACAUAGGAGGCAACAGACAGUAGUUACCCAGAAUCUUUUUAUCAGUAUUUAUGUAUUUCAUUUUUUAUAAAUAUUUUUUGGGGGUAUUUUCUUCUUUAUUCAUUUUGACAGACAGGAAAAGCAACAAGAGAGAGGGGAUGAUGCCGGUGUACAUACUGUGUGCAGGAAAUCACCCAGGCUGGAAUCGAACCCGGGCCCCUGUUGGAAGGCCUUAGCUGUUAGCGGUACACGUUCUUUCCGGAAAGCCACCGGAGCAGCCCAGUUACUCAGUGUUUUAGUGUUCUCUCAUAGUCAUAUUUAUCAUGGUCUGAUUUUGUUUGUAAAUCGUUUUUUUAAAUAUUGUAACAUAAUUGAUAAGACUUGAAAAUACUGUAAACAUUUUUUUUCUUUCUGUACUGGUAAAACUUAAUUUAACAUGGAAGGACUUUUUUAUGAUGAAAACAUUGCUUCAUUUGCAUCUUAAUUGCACGAAUUGUUGUACUUGAGUGGAUUCAUUCUUCUGGUAACAUUGUGUUCAAAUGAUCAAACCAAUAUAAUUGUACAGACAUCUGGAAUUUCCUCCAAAUUUAGCCAACCAACUAUGUUGAAUGAUAAAAUGUGAAUAGUAUUUUUAUAAAGCAUUUUAACAGACACAGCCUGGUGAGUCUGUUCAUUUAAAAGGAUGCUUUGAAUUUACAUGGCAUUCCUCUCCCACAAUAUUUCAGUUUAAUGGUCCUCCGCACAGCUUCUCUCUCCCUCUCUAUGUAACAGUACUUUCGUUAGUAAAUAUUGUUUUGAAUUGUUCUUUCGGGGCUGUGACAUGUACAAACUCUGGUUGGUGUCCCAUGAAUGAAGCCUCGCUAUGUGACUUGUCCAUGUCCUGUGCUGGUCUCAGAGCAGUUGGACACCCUUAGGACAGCUCACAGUGAUGUGUUCCUGUUUCCCCUCCCAGACUGUCACAUCUCAUCUAUCUCACUGGAAUAAGAACACAACCUUCCUCUAUCUCUCGAUCUGUCUGUCUGUCUCUCUCUAUCGGUCUCUCUGUCUAUUUUGCUUUCUCUCCAUCAGUCUCAAAUCUCUAUCUCUCUGUCUGUCUUUUUCUCCCUCUCUGUUUGUCUGCCUAAACUCAGUUAUACCACCUUUACCUAGUAUCAGCAGUGUGCCAGUGAUCCAUUAACGUUUGCUCUCUCUUUAUUUUUUGUAAUACCUUGUUGGUCUUGUCUAAUGAAGGACUGUCCAAAGUGACAAAAACAUGUAUUAUAACAGUAGUACAGUAAAACUCAACACCUUAAUCUCUAUGUGGCACUUUCUACCUACAUGUAUUCAUCUGUGCAUCAUGACUCAGCUAUAACUUAUUUUUGAGUAAUGAAUUAUUUGUUUUGCAUGCUUCUAUUAUGUACUGUACAGUCAAUGUAGUUUUGGCACUGUGGUAAGACAGAGUCAGAUUCCUCGAUCCAGAACAGUUACCCAUCUUCUCCGUGACCCUGCCUUUGACCAUGCUGGCUAAUCUUAUAUCUCUUCACAUCUUAAAGCUUUAUAUCAUAUAAACACUGUUCCUCAUAUUUGUUACAUAAAUCUGUCAAAGGUAUAUUUUUAAUUU